CUUAUCCAAUGCGAUACAUUUGAGGAGUUCAAAAUAGAAGAUGAUGAGGAAUUAUUAAAGAUAUGUGAUGGGAUAAACAUGAAUGAUCAUCACGAGGUCUUUUCAUCUCUCUUCAAUAAACUGCCUUGUCUUCCAGGUGAGCCGCUCUCCAGUCUCCAUCCAGCUGCUAUCCAUCCUCCAGAGCCUGCUGCACUUGGAGCCAUCUCAUCAUUCCAGCCUCCUGUUGUGGGAGUCCUUGGAUGCAGUAGUGAACAGAGCCCUUUUGCUCGCAAAUGACAUCCAAGGGAAUACAGUUGAAGAAGUCAUCGAGAGGUUGCUAUCUAUCAAGAAACAUCCAAACAAGAAAAAAGGAGCUGAACACCAGCUGUCUGGGAGUGCAAAUGGAGCUGUCCAGGCUGAGCUAGAACCAUGUGCACAGACAGCUCAGAGCCCAGCAGGAUCAUCAAACCCCUCCAAAGCACCAACAGCUCCCUCAGGGCCACCUGCCAACCAAAAGAAUAUCUCAUCAUCCCAGCUCACAAACUGCUCUGCUUCGCUGGAGACAUCUAACCCUCCACCCAAUGCAGCUCCAUCCCCAGCACCUCCACCCCCAUCACCUCCACCCCCACCCUCUGGCACAGCAACCCCCACAUCUCCCAUAAAUGCACCUCCAGCCCCUCCGCUCCCUGGCAACCCUCCACCCCCACCUCCAUUGCCCAGUAUGGUGGGUAUUCCUCCACCCCCACCUCCAUUGCCUGGCAUGGGUGGCAUCCCUCCACCCCCACCCCCAUUGCCUGGCAUGGGUGGCAUCCCUCCACCCCCACCCCCAUUGCCUGGCAUGGGUGGCAUCCCUCCACCCCCACCCCCAUUGCCUGGCAUGGGUGGCAUCCCUCCACCCCCACCUCCGUUGCCUGGGAUGGUGGGCAUCCCUCCACCCCCACCCCCAUUGCCUGGCAUGGGUGGCAUCCCUCCACCCCCAUUGCCUGGCAUGGGUGGCAUCCCUCCACCCCCACCUCCAUUGCCUGGGAUGGUGGGCAUCCCUCCACCCCCACCUCCAUUGCCUGGCAUGGGUGGCAUCCCUCCACCCCCACCUCCGUUGCCUGGGAUGGGUGGCAUCCCUCCACCCCCACCUCCAUUGCCUGGCAUGGCAGGAGAUCAUGUAGAAGCCAUGGUGGCCUCCCAAUUCAGCUGCCCUCUGGGCUCAGGCCGGCCUCCCCGCAAGGCAGUGAAGACACCAACGUUGAGAAUGAAGAAGCUGAACUGGCAGAAGCUGCCCUCCAACGUGGUGAGAGAAAGUCACUCAAUAUGGGCUUCAGUGAGCAGCAGCAGUGAGGAAACCAUAGAACCCAACUACACAAGCAUAGAGCAGCUGUUUUGCUUUCCACAAACAACCCCCAAGGAGAAGACAGCCACACCAGUGAAGACAGAACCAAAGGAGAUCACAUUUUUGGACUCCAAGAAAAGUCUCAAUUUGAACAUAUUUUUGAAGCAAUUUAAAUGCUCCAAUGAAGAGGUGACUGCCAUGGUCCAGAACGGGGAUCGUACCAAGUUUGAUGUUGAGGUUCUGAAGCAGUUGCUGAAGCUGCUGCCUGAAAAGCAUGAGAUAGAAAACCUGAAGGCCUUCAAAGAAGAGAAAUCAAAGCUUGCAAAUGCAGAUCAGUUUUAUCUUCUUCUCCUUCAGAUUCCCAGCUACCAGCUGCGCAUUGAAUGUAUGCUGAUCUGCGAGGAGACCACCAUUGUGCUGGACAUGAUUCAGCCAAAAGCUGAAGCCAUCCGGAGAGCCUGUGAAGAUCUUCUGAACAGCCAUCGCCUGCCCCUUUUUUGUCAACUGAUUCUCAAAGUUGGAAACUUUCUGAACUACGGAAGUCACACAGGCGACGCGGAUGGGUUUAAAAUCAGCACUUUACUGAAACUAACAGAAACCAAAGCAAACCAAACCCGCAUUACACUGCUCCACCAUAUUCUGGAGGAAGUAGAAAACAGCCACACGGACCUUCUGGAACUGCCAAAGGAUCUUGAAUAUGUUUCAAAAGCAGCAGGAAUCAAUCUUGAUAUUAUACGCACGGAGUCCAGUACCAAUUUAAAGAAAUUGUUGGAGCUUCAACGAAAAGUCUUAUCAUCAAAUGACGAUGUGAAACAACAGUAUGAGAAACCUAUCCAGGAUAGCAUUGAUGCCUCCAGAAAUCUGGAAGAAGAAUUUGAAGCUAUUGAAAGAAAGAGAGAAGAACUUGCAAAUUAUCUUUGUGAAGAUCCAAGCAAGUUGUCCUUAGAGGACAUAUUUAACACCAUGAAGACCUUCAGAGAUCUCUUCAUCCGAGCCCUGAAGGAAAACAAGGACAGAAAGGAGCAAGCUGCCAAAGCAGAGAAAAGGAAGAAACAACUGGAAGAGGAAGAGGGGAAGAGACAGAAGGGCGAAAAUGGAAAAGUCAUUAAGAAGGGGAUGGCGAAGCAGGAGGAGGUGUGUGUCAUUGAUGCCCUCCUGGCCGACAUAAGGAAAGGGUUCACGCUGAGAAAGACAAAAAACAGACACGAGCUGGAUGCACUUCCUAAAACCUCACCUGCGGAGAGCCCGGAGGAGAGUCAGUCUGGAAAGAGCGUUAAGGAUCCACGUGCAGCAGGGCAGCAGAUCGAUGAUAAGACCAAGCAAAACAGCGAUGGUCAUCCCUCAGCGAGCACUCCCCUCUCAGCCACUGCCCUGAUGGAGGUGGGUGGAGACGUUACAAAUGCCGCAGCUUCCAACCAGGCAUUAUCUGUGAACAAUGUAGGAGGAAAUUUGCCACCAGAGUCCAGGAUGGAAAGCCCCUCAGUAAGCUUGGUGGAAGCUGAUGGAGCUGGUCAGCCCAUGCCGAGUGCUGGGAUGAAGCAAGCAGACAGCUGGGCAAGCCUCCAGCUGAGCACGAAGAACGGCUCCGUUGCCUUCUCUGCUGCAAGCAUAGGCACCGGGAUAAGGUUUGUGAGCAGCAGUUCAGGCUCUGCUCUGAGAGACCAGCAGAAUGGAUCCAUCUCAGAAGGCCAGGACAAGGAAUGCCCAGCUGAUGGCUCAGAGAGCUACAGGCUGGCACAGGAGCCAGAAAUCCGGCUGAGUGAGAUGGGACUCGACCCUGGCAGCGCUCAGUCUGUGCCCUGUGGGGAGGCUUAUCAGGCAGAGUCAAAAGAGAUGGUGAAGGAAAAUGAAGACCCUGGUACAGACUCACUGUUGGACACCUCUCAAGAGAAGUCCUUCUCAGAGGAGCCAGCCACUGACUCCUCUUGUUCGACAACGCUCCCCCCGGGGCAAACUCACACCGACAGGGAAAAGCAGAGGCCAUCUGGGAAACGGAGGAAGAAGAAGAGGCACAGCAAAAGCUACUCAGCAGAGGUUGAGACUGAUACUGGAGAUAAUAAAACAAAAAAAGGUUGUGUGGUACAAUGAGGUGUCACAGCAAGGCAGAAGAAGUAACGGAGACCCAGCAAACCACUCACACCUCCCCAGAGCAUUGCCAGCUUCUCCAGAGCCAAGUUCUGCAUCCUCGAAACGCCGUCAUGGUCACGUCUGCCCCAUCAGGACCCACCGCUUCUCCUCCCGCAGCCUUUUGCUCCCCUCUCCAAGACCCAAAGAGGCUCCUCAGAGACUCUGGCACCCUCUGCCCGUGGCUGACGCUGGGUGCCCACAGGGGUGAGGGCUGGGUCUGUGCCUGGCAGCAUGAAAGGGUCAGACCUCUCACCCACUGUCCUGGAAGCCAAGUCUUUCAGCCUGCUCUUAGGCCAAACUCCUCUCAAAGCAACAGCUGAGUGUGGCCCGAGAAAGGAUUGCAGUAUUUAGCCCUCAGAGAAGUUUUCAAAUUAGCAGUGCCUCAACUAAAUUAAGGGUAUACAUUAAACGGUGGCUGUACCAGCACAGGUGGAAGUGUGUUGCUCCCUCUUCUCAUCACCUGCUGACAAUUUGUAUUGGACCAAGUCCAAGACCCAGAUCAGACAAACGUAUUUUUACUCUCAGAUAUUUAAAGCAAGGGAAAUCGGUUACAGGGGAAAAAACCAAGUUUUUAAAAAGAAGUAUGUAUUUUAGUAAGCACGCAGCCUUUUAAAGUGUCUGGUUCCUACAUGAUGCUUAUGUGCAAUAAAAUUGAAACUCAUCAGUAGUCUUGCAGUAAUCUUCUCACACUCACAGAUGUGGCCAUCAGCUUCUGGAGAACCAGAGCCCCACUUCCUGUUAUUAAAGCACCAGAAAGAGGUUUUUCAGAGUGCUUUAUUGGACACAUUUUCAGUUCAUCUUUCAGUAAAUCUCUGGGUUUGAGUGCCAUGGUCAGCUGCUUACACUCAAAGUCCUAGUGUUCAAGCUGCAGAAGGUGUAGAUUCAUGUUACUUUUGCUUUAAAACUGGGCAUGUGCAGUAUUGUGUUUUCAAAAUUCAGAGCUUCAUUUCUCAAGUUUUGUAAUAACAUUUUAUCAUAGUUUUGUACAUAGCUGUCCAUUUAAACUGAUCUAUGUUUGUUGAAUCUAUGGUGUGAUACUGUGUUGAAACAUGAAUCAAGUGGAACAGCUGGGUGUAUUUAAGAACUAUGCCUUUAUAUGGUAGCUCAUUGUGGCCAGACUAAUGAUCAGUCUAAGGCUUAUAUUCCUUCGCUUAAUGGGACUUGUGAUGCCCUUGUAAUACUGAAAACUUUGCUGGACUAAGUUAGAAGUUAAACCAAUAAUUAAAUCACUGGUUUCUUUUAACCAAAGCAUUGCAUGAGCAUAUUGAGAAUUGGUUAACAAAAGCAAAUAACAGCUGAGAGCAGACACGUGGGCAGCUUCAGUUCAGGAGACCCUGCAGAGCUGCACAGCUCCUUUGCAGCUCAGAUCCCAUCCCCUCCUGGGAGAGCCCUACUGUUUCCUGCAGAACCACAUAACCCACCCUGGAUUUGACUUGCAGGACUGUCUCUGUCACAUUUACAGGUCUCUCUUUUUGUCUCUUUUCCAAGCUCAGAGCACAUUACCUAAGCAUCAGUCCUUUUUAAUGCAGUUUCUCUGCUCUCACAUCAGACCCAGGCUACAAAAAUCUGAGUAUUGAACAUGUUUUCCAGUGUUUCCAGCAAGAGUCUGCAGCCCAGGCUGGCAAUGAGCUCCUCCCCACCCCACUAUUUUAUCAAUAGGAGUAACAUUAUUUGGAGAUUCAGGACUUGGGAACAAACAGGCUUUCUGGGUGCUCCCUAGGAAACCUUACCUGCUGAUGCCCCACAGGCUGUUCUCUUCAGAUGCUGCAGCAAAUGUCCACUUUUCCAUCUGGGUCUUUCAGCUACACCCAUUUCCACCUAGAGAGAACAGUUAUUUUCACACAGCCAGAAGUUUUAUUGCUCUGCAUUCUUACCUUGGACUUCAAAGAGAGGGUGUUUGACAUUAUCCCUCCAAAGUUUACGGAGAAAUGAUUUAUUUUGAAUCACUGCCUGUUCUUUGUUCUAUAGUCAUUUGUGAAAACUAUAAUAAAUUAUUUAUUCAGUCACAUCCCAGUAAGCAGGCUGAAGCACAGCAUUUACAAUUUAUUACUCCAAAGUGUCUCUGCUUCCAUUACACUGAUUAUUUAAGAUCAGGGAGACAGAAUCAGAGCAGGUCAAAGAAAAACGUUCAGUUGGGGUGUGUAAUUUUGCUCCAUUUGUGACCUCAAAAUAAAGCUCAUGAUCCUAAA